UAGCCGGUCGGCCCAUUCUAAGUAAUUCUGAAACCCGUCUAAAAAUAAACAGUGUUCUGUUCUCUGUCUAGUCCACCCAUAAAAGCCACAUCUGAUCAAGAACAGUACCAAUGGCGCCUACCCGGGAGCAGCACAUCCUCGACCAGGGCUUGCUGGAUGCCCAGCUCGAGCUUUGGCACCACACCUUUAGCUACGUCAAGUCCAUGGCGCUCAAGUCUGCCCUGGACCUCGGCAUUGCCGACGCCAUCCACCGCCAAGGCGGCGCUGCCACGCUCUCCCAGAUUGCCGCCACGGCCACGCUCCACCCGACCAAGAUCUCCUGCCUGCGCCGCCUCAUGCGUGUGCUCAUCGUCUCCGGCAUCUUCAGCGUCGAACACCCCAGGGACGACGGCGUUGAGGGCGAGGCCGUCUACGCGCUGACGCCGGCGUCCCGUCUCCUCGUCUGCUCGGCCUCGGUGAACAUGGUCCACAUCACGAAGAUGCUCCUCCACACCAACCUCGUCUCCCCGUUCUCCGACCUCGGGACUUGGUUCCAGCACGAGCUGCCGGAGCCGGACCUCUUCAAGCUGAAGCACGGCAAGACCUUCUGGGAGCUGGCCAACCAGGACCCGGCGUACAACGCAAUCGUCAACGACGGCAUGGUCUCCGACAGCAGCUUCCUCAUGGACAUCGCCAUCAGGGAGUGCGGGGCCGUCUUCCAGGGGAUAGGCUCCCUGGUCGACGUCGCCGGGGGGCACGGUGGAGCGGCACAAGCCAUCUCGAAUGCGUUCCCGGACGUGAAGUGCAGUGUGAUGGACCUCGCCCACGUCGUCGCCAAGGCUCCGAGCGGUAGCGACGUGGAGUACAUCGCCGGCGACAUGUUCGAGAGCAUUCCACCGGCCGAUGCUGUCUUCCUCAAGUGGGUCAUGCAUGAUUGGGGUGACGAGGACUGCAUCAAGAUACUAAAAAAUUGCAAGAAAGCCAUCGCGCCAAAAGAUGCAGGAGGGAAGGUGAUAAUUGUCGACAUGGUGGUUGGUGCAGGACCGCAGGACCCGAAGCACAAAGAGACACAAGUCAUGUUUGACCUUUUCAUCAUGUUCAUCAAUGGCGUCGAGCGAGAUGAGCAGGAGUGGAAGAAGAUAAUCUUCGAGGCUGGAUUCAACGACUACAAAAUCACACCCAUUCUAGGUGUGAGAUCGAUCAUUGAGGUUUACCCAUGAACAUUUGACCCUAGAUUGGUGAAGUACGUUUUGUUGGAGUCCUAGACUCCUAGUAUGUGUGCUUCGUAUUUAUUUGGGUGUUGUGUUCCCAAGAGGAGUGUGGGCUUCUAAGCUAAAGACUACAUUACAAUACCCCACUGUGGUAAGUCAAAACCGUUGGCCUGCUCACAAAA